CCCACUGUUAUAAAGUAUAAACAUAAACUUAAACUUGUUUACUUUUAUUUUCAACACCGGUCUUUCGUUUAAAUGGUCAAUUAAUGGAGAUAGAUAACGUUCCCCAACCCUCUGGAAGCCAGGAAGACAGUUCAACUUUAACGAAAGAACCUUCAGGGGUUGAUGGCGAUCCCGCCACUGAUUCUGUCAAAACCGCCCAGGUUGAAAGGCCGCUUGUGACGAGCAGAAACAAAGGCUCAGUUCUCGUCAACCCAAAGCAGAGGGGAAAUCCACUUUUGAAAUGUAUAUCCAACGUACCCUGGGAAUACGAGGAGGGCAUUAUCCCAGAUUAUGUGAUGGGAAGGACCACCUGUGCCCUUUUUCUCUCGCUCAGGUAUCACAACCUUAAACCGGACUACAUUAACAAUAGGAUCAAGGAACUUGGAAAGCUGUAUGAUCUCAGGGUUUUAUUAGUUCAGGUUGAUACUAAGGAUCCAAAUUAUCCCUUGAAACACCUUACAAGAGUGUGCCUCUUAACAGAUAUGACACUAAUUCUUGCAUGGAACCCUGAAGAGGCUGCCAAAAUAAUAGAAACUUACAAAUCUUUUGAAUACAAACCGCCGGACAUGAUAAUGGAAAAAACCGAAUCAGAUUCUCAUAUCAAGUUGGUUUCUGCUUUGACUUCUAUCAGAUCUAUCAAUAAAACCGACGCAUCAACUCUCCUGUCGAAUUAUGGCUCGCUUGAGAAAAUAAUCAAGGCGACUCAGCAUUCGUUGGCUCUCUGCCCUGGCCUUGGCCAACAGAAGGCAACGAGGCUCUACAACGCACUCCACACCCCUUUUCUCAAGUCUGAUAAAAAGCAGAAGACAGGCAUCGCGAAAUAUUUCGACGUUUAAGAUCCAUCGUUACUUACGUCAUUU